GCUCCCGCCGUGCCGUGCGCCGCGCGGGGCACACCGGGACUUGUAGUCCCUGCGCGCGUGGGCGGCCGUAGCCCCGCCCCGAACCCGGAAGUGCGCGGGGAGGCUCUAAGAUGGCGUCGCCUCCUCAGGGGGGCCCGAUGGCGAUCGCCAUGCGGCUGCGGAACCAGCUCCAGGCCGUCUACAAGAUGGACCCGCUGCGCAACGAGGAGGAGGUGAAGGUGAAGAUGAAGGAGCUGAACGAGCACAUCGUGUGCUGCCUCUGUGCCGGGUACUUCAUCGACGCCACCACCAUCACCGAGUGCCUGCACACCUUCUGCAAGAGCUGCAUCGUGAAGUACCUGCAGACCAGCAAGUACUGCCCCAUGUGCAACACCAAGAUCCACGAGACGCAGCCGCUGCUCAACCUCAAGCUGGACCGCGUCAUGCAGGACAUCGUCUACAAGCUGGUGCCGGGGCUGCAGGAGAGUGAAGAGAAGAGGAUCCGGGAAUUCUACCAGUCCCGCGGCCUGGACCGGGUGACGCAGCCCAGCGGCGAGGACCCGGUUGGGGGGGACCCCAUGGGGCUCCCCUACAGCGCCUUCGACCACUCCCGCGCCCACUACUUCCGCUAUGACGAGCACGUCUCGCUCUGCCUGGAGAAGCAGAGCUCCAGCAAGGAUAAGAGCAAGGCAGUGCUGCAGCACAAGUACGUGAGGUGCUCCGUGCGCGCACAGAUCCGGCACCUGCGGAGGGUCCUGUGCCACCGCCUGGGGCUGCCGCUGCAGCACGUGCAGAUCCUGUUCAACAACGAGGCCCUCCCUGACCGGAUGACGAUGAAGCAGCUCUGGCUCUCGCGCUGGUUCGGCAAGCCGGCGCCGCUCCUGCUGCACUACAGCAUCAAGGACAAGAGAAGGUAGGGGCUGGGGCGGGUGCUGCCCCCCGAGCGCAGCCCUGCCCCCCCCCCCACCCCAUAAUUUAACACCCCCCCGAGAUUAUUUUUGGAAUAAAA